UUCACACUAACCCUUUAUCUUAACACCGUUAAUUUCGCGGGAAAAGACAACAACAUGGACCGAGAAAUCAGUUGCGAGGAAAGACGACGUCAAAAUAUUGCCGACAAUAAACGUAUUUUAGCAGAGAUCGGUUUAAUAAACCCGUUCAAAAAUGCUCCGAAGUUGGUUCUUAAGAAGUCUGGUUUGAAGAGGAAAGCAGAAAAUGAAAUUCCUCGACAAAGGAAGCGUCCCCUGUUGGAGGAAAAUGUUGAUCAUAGCAAUCGUGGUUCAGUCAUGGGGACAAGAAGAAGGUCAGCAAGACUACAGGAUAAUGCACCAGGUGAAGGAUCAGAGUUUCUGCAGCUUGAUGAUGACUUUGAUGAAGAGCAAAGUGAAAAUAAAAGAGUAGAAAAAAAUAGACCUAAUCAUUAUGGUGCCAUUCCAGGAGUGGAAGUAGGGGCAUCCUGGUACACAAGAAUGGAAUGUUGCAGGGAUGGAGUACACAGGCCAACUGUAGCUGGUAUCCAUGCUGGUGCUGAUGGUGCCUACUCUAUUGCAUUGUCUGGUGGAUAUGACGAUAAUGUUGAUUAUGGGGAGUGCUUUACUUACACUGGGGAAGGGGGACGUGAUCUAAAGGGCACAAGAACUAACCCAAAGAAUUUGAGAACAGCACCACAGUCAAAGAACCAGACCUUGACUAGAGGUAAUUUAGCACUGAGCAAGAAUGUAGAGACUGGAAACCCUGUACGUGUCAUUAGAGGGUACAAGCUCAGCACCGUGUUUGCUCCCGAGGAGGGAUAUAGAUACGAUGGUUUGUACACAGUGGAGAAAGCAUGGUACACGGUUGGUACAUCUGGAUUCAUGGUGUGGAAAUUUGCUUUGAAAAGAUGCAAGGAUCAGGCUCCUCCUCCAUGGGAAUUUACUGAAGAAAUGAAAGCUGCAAAUGCUGAAAAAUCAUUUGAAGACAAUGGGAAAGCUUCUGAUGAAGAUAAUGAAGAAAGCAUAAUUGACGAAAAUGUGGAUGUUGGUAAAGAUUUAGAUAAAACAGAAAGCAAGAUAGAUGAGAAAAAUGAUGAAAAUGGAAACAUUUCAGAUAGUUUACUUGCUGGAGAAUCGAAGAAAUCUAAUCAAAUAGAUGAAAGUGAAGAAAAUUCUCAAAAGCGACAAGAGGAAAAAGCAGGCAAUCAAGACAAAGACAGUGAAGAAAAUAAAAACAGUACAGAGGAAAAUGAGGAACUCAAACCGAAGAAAUCAAAUCAAAAAGAUGGAAGUGAAGAAAGUCCACAAAAGCAACAAGAAGAAAAGACAUACAAUCAAGACGAAGACAGUGAAGAAAAUAAAAACAGCACAGAGGAAAAUAAGGAGCUCAAAGAAGGUAUUACUGAGGAAAUAAUGGCUGACAUGGUUGAAGAUUCUGAAGAUAAAUCCACUAAGGGUAAGUUAAAGUAAGCUGGAAUCAGGAAUACCAUAUUGAUGACCAGAGAAAAGAAGUCAAAGAUGAGUACAAUACAGAAUCAUGUGAUUCUAGUGGUGACAAAAUUCAUCAUGAAAUUUGAAAAUCAAUAUGUACAGAUACAAAAACGAAAGGUUUUAGGUGUGGAAAAGUUUGCUGAAAAUAAUAAGGAAAUUGUAGGAAAAGAGAAAACUAAAAAUAUAACUAAUCAUAAAUCAAAAUUAUGUAACUGGUUGGAAAAUAUUCUAGUGAAAUGGAAAAUUAAAUAACUACGGCAUAAUGAAAUUGAAACAGAAAUUUCAAAUGGAAAAACUGAAUCGCAAAUACAGAAAAUUAAUAACACUCCAUAUUGAAAAGACAGCUUUGAUGAUUUGUGUACAUUACAGAUGAAAUGAAAUUAUAAGAGGUAUUGACUGUGAUAUAAGGUAUAUGACUUCAUAAAAAGGGGGAAGAGAAACCUGUCACUACAAGAAUUGAAUAAAAUCAGGAUAAAAAGUUGUGUAUACAUUAACACCAUUUGUGAGGUACUUUAUCCUGAUUGAAAAAUAAACUGGACAGAAAGGGAUAAAUGAGGAAAAUGUUAAAACGAUGGUGAAUGGUAAUGACUUGCAGGAAAAAUUUGUUUUCAGUUUCAAGGAUAUUGUUUCCUCAGCUAUUAUGUAAAUUACUUAGAGUGCAUUGUAUUGACAGAGCAAUUUUGCUAUGCUGUCUAUAUCUUUGGACUUCAUGUUAAGACUGUAUACAUAUGUUGAAAAACCAUUGCAAAGUAUUAUAAUACUACAAAUAGCUUCCUUGUUUAGUUCUCAAAUUGUUGAGUCCUGAAGAAUGUAAGCAUAGGUUAAAGAUCACUUAUUGACCUUCAAAUGUCUGUGAAAUAGAUUUUUGCAGUAACAAAGCAUAGCGAAUGAAAGCUUGAUUCAUUUGAUGGUCAAUAACCUGUAUAUAGUUUAACAUGUAAAAAGAAUGGCUCCAGUCCCUAUGAUAGUUCCGUCAUUUCUCAUGUAUACGUUUCUUCAUUAACGGAGGAAAAAAACUCCUGCAGGUUGUUUCUAUAGUGACAAUUUUAUAGUCCCUUACUCCAAACAUGGGUUGUAUGGUUUAGCCAUCAGAUAAAAAUGUGCUAUUCUAGAGGCUUAAAAUUUACUCAAGAAAUAUUUGCAGUAUUUAAAAAAAUAACCAUGCAGGCAGGAAGCCAGGCUGGGUAACCAUUAGUAGCCCCCAUAUUGAUCUACUUAAUGGCUUCUCUCUAAAAAAAAAAAAAGUACUGCAUAACGUGGCAUAAUAAACCCAAUAAGUUAACUUGAUUGCUGAUUGGAUGUUUAAACUAGUUUAACUAUAAACUUGUGUGGUGCAUGUUGAAAGUUCAGGUGACCUUGUGUAACCAGUUAUAUAAUCCUCUUGAACUUCUCCAGUAAUGAUGGAAGGUUUGUUCAGUCUUCAAUGUUCAACAAGUUUCUCAUGUACCUAUGCCCCCAGUGCUUACUCUACUCCUACUGUUUCCAUAAAUGAAACUUGGUGUACAUCAUCAACAUUAAGGUGGUAUGCAUAUAUUUUAGGGAUUUUAAUAUUUACCUUAUUUUUAGCGCACCUUAACUGAAGGUUCAGGGUGAGCUAUUUGUAUAUUGGAUGGUCCAGUCUCUGGCAUAUUUCAUCGCAUUUCUAGUAUCCAAGCAGGUCAGUUACACCAAACUUUGGUCUGUAGCACCCUGGAAAAGUUUCUCUCAACUUUGUUCAAAUAAGGGUGCUUAGCCACACCCCCAAACUUGCUUGUCAUGUAGCUGCAAUGUAAUGACAUCUCAACAGUUUGUUCAAUUGGGGGCACUUGGUCCCUUCUAGGCUGUGCUAGAGUUGAAAAUAGAAAAAACCUUCAAACGACUAAACCUUGUGAACUGUGAUGGAUCAUCAUCAAACUUAGUCUUUAUCAUCCUCCGCUUCCAAAUUUUUAUCUCACCUGAGCACAGAGUAAUCAUUGAAUGUCAGUAGUCUAGCCAAUGCCUAUCCAUUAGUCAGUCCAUACUUUUCUUUAAACAACAUGUCUGAAACGAUGUGUUGGAAGUUGAUGAAAGUUGGCUUGGAUUUUUUAGUUGAUUUUUAUACAAAAUGCAAUUGUUACCAUUCAUGAUUCGGUAUGUCAUAUACAAGGUUAAAUAGUCACGGAGAGGUGAGCGACUUCUGGCCAAUCUGGCCCUCUUGUAUAUUUUAAGCCCACCAUCAUCAUGAUGGUGGGCUAUUCAAAUCACUCUGCAUCUGUGGUUGGUCAGUCCGUCCGUCCGUUAACAAUUUUUUAUCGCAUCUCAGAAACUACUGGAGGGAUUUUGACCAAACUUUGUCAGACUUAUUGUCCAAAACCACAGAACCUAGGGCUUUGAUAUAUGGUAUGAAGCAUCAUCUAGUGGUCUUCUACCAAGAUGAUUCAAAUUCCUUACCUGGGGUCUAAUAUGGCUCCGCCCCGGGGGUCACGUGGUUUAUAUAGACUUCUAUAGGGAAAAACUUUGAAAAACCUCUUAUUCAAAACCACAGGACCUAGGGCUUUGAUAUUUUGUAUGUGACAUCAUUUAGUGGUCUUCUACUAAGAUUGUUCAAAUUAUCCGCCUAGGGUCAAAUAUGGCCCCACCCCGGGGGUCACAUGGUUUACAUAGACUUAUAUAGGGAAAAACUUUUAAAAUCUUUCUGUCCAAACCACAAAGCCUAGGGCUUUGGCAUUUGUAAUGUAGCAUCAUCUAGUGGUUCUCUACCAAGUUUGUUCAAAUUAUCCCCCUAGGGUCAAAUAUGGCCCCGCCCCGGGGGUCACAUGGUUCAUAUAGACUUAUAUAGGGAAAAGCUUUUAAAAUCUUCUUGUCAAUAACCUACAACAUUCAAAUUUGGACCACAUGUAUGGUUUUGAGUGGCAAGAUGAACCUUGACCUAGUGACCUACUUUCACAUUUCUGUAGCUACAGCCUUCAAAUUUGGACCACAUGCAUAGUUUUGUUCACUGAAAAAAACUUUGACCUUGACAUUGACCUAGUGACCUACUUGCACAUUUUCGAAGGUACAGGCUUCAAAUUUGGACCACAUGCAUUGUUUCGUGGUCCGAAAUGAAAUUUGACCUUGAUUUUGACCUAGUGACCUACUUUCACAUUUCUCAAACUACAGUCUUCAAAUUUGGACCACAUGCAUAGUUUUGUGUACCGAAACAAACUUUGACCUUUAUAUUGACCUAGUGACCUACUUUCACAUUUUUGAAGGUACAGGCUUCAAAUUUGGACCACAUGUAUAGUUCUGUGUUCCGAAAUUUGACCUUGAUUUUGACCUAGUGACCUACUUUCACAUUUCUUGAGCUACAGCCUUCAAAUUUGGACCACAUGCAUAGUUUUAUGUAACAAAAUGAACUUUAAACUUAAGAUUGACCUAGUGACCUACUGUCACAUUUCUGUAGCUGCAGGCUUCAAAUUUCGACCACAUGCAUAGGAUUGUGUACCUAAACAAACUUUUACCUUGACAUUGACCUAGUGACCUACUUACACAUUUUUGAAGGUACAGGGUUUAAAUUUGGACCACAUGCCUAGAUUUGUGUUCUGAAGUGUAAUUAAACCUUGAUUUUGACCUAGUGACCUACUUUCACAUUUCUCAACCUACAACCUUCAAAUUUGGACCACUUGCAUAGUUUUGUGUACCGAGAUAAACUUUGACCUUAAGAUUGACCUAGUGACGUACUUUCAAAUUUCUCAAACUACAGCCUUCAAACUUGAUGCACAUGCAUAGUUUUGUGUACAAAGAACUUUGUCCUUGAUAUUGAUCUAGUGACCUACUUUCACAUUUCUCAAGCUACAGCUUUCGAAUUUGGACCACAUGCACAGUGUUGUGUACGGAAAUGAAAUGACCUUGAGCUAGUCAAUAAGUCUUGAAAUUUGGAACACUCAAAAAUGACACAUUGGUGGGCGCCAAGUUCACUCUGUGAUCUCUUGUUUUUCUGGAGGGAUGUUGCAUAGUGUUGACAUUUAUUUUGUAAUAACCUCAAAUUGCCUGCAUACAGCCCUAGUUGGAGCAUCUUUAUUAUGCCCCCCUUCGAAGAAGGAGGGGUAUAUUGUUUUGCAGAUGUUGGUCGGUCGGAAUGUAGACCAAUUCAUUUCCGGAUGAUAACUCAAGAACGCUUGGGCCUAGGAUUAUGAAAGUUGAUAGGGAGGUUGGUCAUCACCAGCAGAUGACCCCUAUUGAUUUUGAGGUCUGUAUGUCAAAGGUCAAGGUCACAGUGACCCUGAAUAGUAAAACGGUUUCCGGAUGAUAACUCAAGAACACUUGGGCCUAGGAUCAUGAAAAGUGAUAGGGAGGUUGGUAAUGACCAGUAGAUGACCCCUAUUGAUUUUGAGGUCAGUAUGUUAAAGGUCAAGGUCACAGUGACCCUGAACAGUAAAACGGUUUCCGGAUGAUAACUCAAGAACGCUUAGGCCUAGGGUCUAGAAAGCUGAUAGGGAGGUUGGUCAUGACCAGCAGAUGACCCCUAUUGAUUUUGAGGUCAGUAUGUCAAAGGUCAAGGUCACAGUGACCAGGAACUGUAAAAUGGUUUCCAGGCAAUAACUCUAGAACGCUUUGGCCUAGUGUCAGGAAAAUUGAUAGUUAGGUUGGCCAUGACCAGCAGAUGAUCCCUAUUGAUUUUGAGGUCAUUAGGUCAAAGGUCAAGGUCACAUUGGCCAGGAACAGUUAAAACGGUUUCUGAUCUUCUUGUUCAAAACCAUAGGGCCUAGGGCUUUGAUAUUUGGUAUGUAGCAAAAUCUAGUAGUCCUCUACCAAGAUUGUUCAGAUUAUUUCCCUGGGGUCAAAUAUGGCCCCACCCCGGGGGUCACAUGGUUUAUAUAGACAUAUAUAGGAAAAAACUUUGAUAAACCUCUUGUCCAAAACCACAGGGCCUAGGGCUUUGAUAUUUUGUAUAUGACAUCAUCUAGUAGUCCUCUACUAAGAUUGUUCAGAUUAUUCCCCUAGGUUCAAGUAUGGCUCCGCCCUGGGGGUCACAUGGUUUACAUAGACUUAUAGGGAAAAACUUUGAAAAUCUUCUUGUCGAAACCACAAAGACUGGCUUUGAUAUUUUGUAAUGUAGCAUCAUUUAGUGGUUCUCUACCAAGUUUGUUCAAAUUAUCCCUCUAGGGUCAAUAUGGCCCCGCCCCAGGGGUCAUAUGGUUCAUAUAGACUUAUAUAGGGAAAAACUUAGAACCUUCAUGUUCAUAACUUACUUCAUUCAAAUUUGGACCACAUGUAGUUUCAAGUGGCAAGAUGAACCUUGACAUGAGUUGACCUUGAUCUUGACCUCGUGACCUACUUUCACAUUUCUGUAGCUACAGCCUUCAAAUUUGGACCACAUGCAUAGGUUUGUGUACAGAAAAAAACUUUGACCUUGUUUUGACCUAGUGACCUACUUUCACGUUUUUGAAUGUACAGGCUUCAAAUUUGAACCACAUGCAUAGUUUUUUGUUCCAAAAUAAAAUUUGACCUUGAUUUUGACCUAGUGACCUACUUUCACAUGUCUCAAGCUACAGCCUUCAAAUUUGAAACCAAGCAUAGUUUUGUGUUCUGAAAUGAACUUUGAUCUUGAGAUUGACCUAGUGACCUACUUUCACAUUUCUGAAGUUACAGGCUUCAAAUUUGGACCACUUGCAUAGUUUUGUGUUCCGAAAUAAAAUUUGACCUUGAUUUUGACCGACCUACUUUCACAUUUCUCAAGCAACAGCCUUCAGAUUUGAACCACAUGCAUAGUUUUGUGUACCGAAAUGAACUUUGAUCUUGAGAUUGACAUAGUGACCUACUUUCACAUUUCUCAAGCUACAGGCUUCAAAUUUGGACCGCAUGCAUAUUUUUGUGUUCUGAAUUGAAAUUUGACAUUGAUUUUUACCUAUUACCUACUUGCACAUUUCUCAAGCUACAGCCUUCAAAUUUGAAGCACAUGCAUAGUUCUGUCUCCCGAAAUGAACUUUGACCUUGAAAUUGAUCUAGAGGCCUGCUUUCACAUUUCUUAAGCCACAGCUUUCAAAUUUGGACCACAUACACAUUGUUUUGUACCAAAAUGAAAUUUGACAUUGAUUUUGACCUUGAGCUAGUCUUGAAAUUUGGAACAUUCAAAAAUGGCUCAGUGGAUGGCGCCAAGAUCACUCUGUAUGCUCUUGUUAGGUUAAUAGGUCAAAGGUCAAGGUCAGAUUCAAACUUUUAGAACUUUUGUUUAGAGUGAGCAUAUAAUUUCUGUUCCUUGAGCAAUUACUGAAUGCAUCAAGGGGGGCAUUUCGUGUUCCACGAGCUCUUGUUUUGUUGAGGCUCGCCUAGUUUGUAUUGGGAUAACUGCUUUUAUAGAGAAUAAUGCUUAUAGACUAUGCCUAUUAAUGAAAAUGUCUUUUAGUAAAGUAUUUGGUCUUCAGAGGUCUUGUUACAGAGAAUAAUUAUACUGUAUUUUAUUCUGAAGCAUAGAUGUAGUUAAUUUUGUUUUUAAGACUUUAAAAAGAUAUAUUGUUUAAAUUUUUAAUCUGUAUUACUAGAGAAAAAUUGCAUGAAUUUAUUACUUUUUUAUUAAAAUUUUUAUUGAC